AAAAAUAACUCAUUUCCUUCAAUUCAAUCGACGAAACCGAGUUUUCUUUCACUUUCUUUUCAGAAAGUUGAAUUUCCUGUUAAUUUGUGAGUUUUUGUAUUCUGGGUCGAUGGCAGAAUUGGAAAACAGCGAUGCGAAACCAUCAUCGGGGUCGAUGUUCUUUAAUCGCUCGUUUACGAUGCAAGCAAACCCAGCUGAAUCGGACGCCUCCAAAGUUCAUCUUCUUCUCAACAACCCAUCGUCUCUUAAUCGAGCAGCUUCCAUUUCCAAAAUUUACAGUUCAAUCGAUUCUGUUAAAGGUAAAGUCAAAAGGCUUUGCAAUUUAUUCGAAUCCGCGAAAUCUUCAACCAGUUCAAAUGAACAUUCUCCAAAAGUUGCUUUAAGACCCGCGAAAUCAAUUGGGUAUUCUUCUUCGUUUUCUUCGGGCUUCAAUAGCCCAUCGAUAAGACUACCUGGAACUGAAGAUCGAAUUGUUGUUUAUUUUACUAGUUUACGAGGGGUAAGAAGAACUUACGAGGAUUGUUACGCUGUUAGGAUGAUAUUUAGAGGGUUUAGAAUUUGGGUUGAUGAAAGAGAUAUUUCUAUGGAUUCAGCUUAUAGGAAAGAGUUGCAAAGCGUUUUGAGAAAGAACAAUCCAAGUUUGCCUCAGGUUUUUAUAAAGGGAAAGUAUGUUGGUGGUGCUGAAGUGAUUAAGAGCAUGUUUGAAGUUGGGGAAUUGGCUAAGAUUCUUGAUGAUCUCCCAAGGAUACAACCUGGACUUGUUUGUGAUUGUUGUGGGGAUGUCAGGUUUGUGCCUUGUGGGAAUUGUAGUGGGAGUCGGAAAGUGUUCGAUGAAGACGAAGGGUCGCUUAAAAGCUGCUUGGAAUGCAAUGAAAAUGGCUUGAUUCGGUGCCCGGGUUGCUGCUCUUAACACUUUGAUUGCUGCUGCCUGCAGGUUGCUAAGUUAGCUGAAGAUCGUUUGGUGUUUUGUUGAAUGAUGUUUGGCUAUAUUAGUGCAAUGUCAUUGAAUGCCGUAUUUGGUUUUGGCAUUUGAUUGUCAAGGAGAUCAUUUAGGUCUUCUAUAUGUUGUAAAUAUUUAGUGUUAUCUUCAUGUAAUGCACUUGCAUAUGUUGCAAGUGACAGAUUGUGAGAAUAUA